UUGUAUUAAGAUAACCCGCCAAAAAAAAACCCAAACCAAAACAGUCAUGCAAACAAAUCUAAAGAAAUUUGUAAAAAGUAUCAUUAGUUCAUCUGAUUUGAGUGUGUUGACAAAACGUCAGGUGAGAGAUGCCUAUAGUCAGCAUGUUGGAAGGAAACUGGAAAGCACAGAAAAAUUGACCAUCAACAAACUUGUAUACAAAUACUUGGAUGAACUUAGCCAGAGUAGCUCUUUCUCAGAUGGAAACUCUCUGAAUUCUUCAGUUACUUUGGCCAACAAAGAAAAUGAAAAGGAAAAGGAAAGAGAGGCCCAAAAUACAUCUUCAUGUAGUAAAAUCAUUACACCAAAGAUCACCAAAAAUGAAGUAAAUACAUCUAAAGUACUUAAAUCUCAAAAGAAAUCUCCCCAAAAAUUUGUGACUCCACCAAAAAUGGUAAAGAAGGAUAGUCCUCUGAAGAAAACACUACAAAUGAAAACAGAUUUAAGCACAGAAAAAGUUGUAUCUUGUAAUAAGUCAAGUCAAAAAAUGAUUAAUGACAACUUGAAGAAAAAGGAAUUGGUAAGUACACCAAAAAGGCCAGAUGACAAACCUCUUUGUAACAAAAGUUCUGCUGAUAGUAAAAGCUGUGAAAAAGGAAAUGUGACUAUUAGUCCAGGAGGAACUAAACGUUUAAGUGCUAAUCAGGUGCUUGAUGCUGUUCUAAAUUUGGAUGUUAAUGAAAGUAGUGAGGAAGAAAUAGAAAUCAGUGAUACAGAAAGUGAAGAGGAAUGUAGUAAAUCUGAAACAGAACUACAGUCUUCCCCAGGGAAAAAGUUCAGCCAUAUGGUAACCAAUUCUGACGAUGAAAAGGACUGGAAACCAUUUGCUGAUGAGUCCCUGACAAAAAGGAAAAUUAAUCUUGGAAAGAGAAGAAAUGUCAUUGAAAGUGACUCUGAUGAUGAUGAAGCUGAAAAUAUAAUAAAUGACAGGACAUAUGACAGUGAUGUUGACAAGGAAGGAGAGAAGAUGGAAAUACUUAAAAGAAAGAAUAAUGACACUAGAGAAAAAAGAAAAAUAAAUAAAAAACAAAUAUCCGAAGAAGAAAAAAGUGUUAUAAAAAUUAAAAAGACAGGAAAAAGUAAUGAGACUUCGAGAAAAAGAAAGAGUUUUAAUAUGGAUAGUGGAUCUGAGUCAGAACAACAUGAGAAAGACACAGAUAUAGAUGAAAGGAAAAAAAGAAAAGUAAUGGAAAGUUUUGAAAGUGAGUCAGAGAGUGAUUUGAAUGAGACAAGAAAUGUAGAGGAAUCUAAGUCUAAACAUGAACAAAAGCAUGAAAUACAGAAAAAGACAAAAGGAAAUAAAAGAAAACUAAUUUCGAACAGUGAGAGUUCUGAAGAUAUCGACAGUGACAAUGAUUUAGAGGAGAAAAGGAAAGAAAAACCAAAUUUGAUCAAUAGUAAAAAACAAAAUAAAAAGAAGUCUGUUUCUAAAAACAAAGAAUUGUCAAAGGUCAAAAUCAAACAAGAAAAGAAAAGACAGAAGAUUGUGAAGGAUACAAGUUCAGAGGACGAAAUGUUGAUAAAUAUCUCUAAAAAGAAAACUAACAUCAUGUCAUGUGAUGUAGAAAGAAUGAGCAAUGAAGAACUUUCAAGUUCAGAGGAUGAAAUGUUGAUCAACAUUUCUAAAAAGAAAACUAACAGCAUGUCAAGUGAUGCAGAAAAAAUGAACAAUGAAAAAGGGGAUUCUUUUAAAGAUUCAAAGAGAAGAAAAUCAAGCACUGACAUUACAAAAUCUGUGAAUCGGUCUAAGACUUCAGUUCUUGAUGAGGAAACCUCUGGUUCUGAUGAGGAACUACCUUUAGCAAGCAUUAAAAAGGUAGGCAUGCAUGUUAAGGUGACUUCUGGUGAGGAUAGGGACAGUAGUUCAGAAGAGGAAAGUAAACCAGUCAAAAGUACAGGAAAGCACAAAUCAUCAAAGGUGACUUCUGAUGAGGAUAGGGAUAGUAGUUCAGAAGAGGAAAGUAAACCAGUCAAAAGUACAGCAAAGCACAAUUCAUCAAAGGUGACUUCUGAUGAGGAUAGAGACAGUAGUUCAGAAGAGGAAAGUAAACCAGUCAAAAGUUCAGCGAAGCACAAAUCAUCUAAGAUGACCUCUGAUGAGGAUAGUGACAGUAGUUCAGAAGAGGAAAGGAAACCAGUCAAAAGUACAGGAAAGAAGAAAAUAUCAAAGGUGACCUCUGAUGAGGAUAGUGAGAGUAGUUCAGAAGAGGAAAGGAAACCAGUCAAAAGUACAGGAAAGAAGAAAAUAUCAAAGAAAUCAACUGAUAAAACAUCUCCUGAACAAGAAAAUAAAUAUGUGAAAACACUGAAAAGUCUGUGUUCCCAAUGUGGUAAAAACCCAGCAUUUCAUCUGAGGGGAUUAAAUACAAACCGAGAGAAAAUUGAAAAGCUGAAGUCAAUCCUCCGAGAUCUUGGAAUGAAAGGUAAACCCAGUAAGGAACAGGUCCCAAUGGUUUUAUUGAGAAAGGAAGCAGCUGAACUGGAUUGUGACAAUAUAAUCGGUAAAGAAAAAGUGAUAGGUCAGCGUAAUGCCAGGAGUAAAUACAACAGAAAACCACAGCCUGUUGCUCCACAUGUAUCUCCUGUCAAAUUCAGUCGUAUAAAAGACCUGAUUGAAAGUGAAGAGUCUGACUAAAUAUUUGUUUUAAGACAUACUUGAAGAAGAUAGUGCUAUUUGAUGUUAAAGAUGUAACAUUUUGUCACGGAGAAUGGACUUUUAAUGAAAUAAAAAAUAAUAUGGAAGUAUA